AGUGGAUAGCGCGGUGCACAGCUUGUUUGGCGCCCACUGCCUCACUGUGAGUGCUUGGCGAUGAUGAAGAGCCUCAACUGAGAGCCUGAAUCAAUCGGUGAGCAUGAUCGUCGGUGAGGAUGAGAUGAGGGAUGGCCGGAAGAUGGGAUGCACUGUACGCCUCUGCACUUCAGUUUCAGGUGUGUUCGGCCAGCGCGGCGGCAUGGCAGCUGCAGCGUCAUCUUCAUCCGCUGCCGGCGACCUCCCGCAGCCACAGGUACGUGUGACGCUGCAAUUGACGCUGCACCGCGUCAAUGGCGAGGAGCGGCUGGGCGGAGAUCGGCUGACCAUCCACACCCUGCAGACACUGCCGGCCAACCACCCCUUCCGCAAUGGAUUCGACGAGGCCAACCCCGUGUGAGAGUUUGGAGGGAAUUUGUUUGGAGGUAAGGGAGGGAGGGAGGGAGGGAGGGAGGGCUAUGGACAAUCGAUCAUCUGGUUGCGUGUGUGUGUGUGUACAGCUUAUGACUAUGCUUCAGUCCGCGACGCUGUGUUGUAUGAGUGAGAAAGAUGAGCAGAAUGAUGCACAUUUUGGCUGCACCGCUCUGCCAUGAUGUGUCUGGUCAGCAUGCGCUUUGGAUGGUCAUGGAGGGUCGCGUACCAGGAGGUCGACCCGUACGUCAAUGCCACACGCUGGUACCGAGUGGUCAGCCACACACCCACGCACACACGGUUGCCGCACCAGCUGCCCCACUCCCUCAUUGUCAUAUCCCUCUCUUCAGCGUCAGCUCUCCACCCAGCAGCUGCCUGUGCUGGACCGCACCACCAUCAGCACCGGCCACCGUCCAGCAGCAGCAGUCUUCCGGCGCAUCAUAGUGCUGCACGGCGACCAGGCCGAUCACACAUUAUUCGAGGCCCACAUCUACAUCUACAGCAACCCCGACUCUGCCGAUGCCUUCCUGUUCACGACGGAGCCUCCGGUGGCCGGCAAGGAGGGAGCAGCCAGAUUCCCCCAGCAGGGGAGGACGCGAGCACAGGUCGCCGUUAGUGGAUGCAUCUGACGUUGUCAGAAACGCGAAUGGAGGAUCAUCAUGAUGCAUCGGAGGGAGCUCCUGCUAGCAUCAGCGAGGUCCACACAGCAGCAGACACACGCACGCGCGAUGCUGCAUUCGUUUUUGCUGUGUGUUCCGUGUGGUGGCAUUUGUUCGUGCAGCUGCGUGCCGACGCUGACCUGUUGUGUGAGGGCAUCCAGCAGCUGCAGAAAAAGAUCGAGGUAAGCUUACGGAAGGUGCACGCACUGAAGCGCCCUGUGUCUUUCUUGUUCGUCUGUGCAAUGCGUGCAGCGGAGUUGUGAUGUGUGUCCAAGCGGCGGCGAGUUGUAUGCGCUAGUUCGGAGUCACUUCGGAGCCGCCAAAUCUGCCGUGUCAGCGCUCGAGGCCGUCAUCACGGCGGCCUCGCUAGAUUCGACACAGCAGGCGGACGACGCCGCCUCACCCGCUGCUGCUGCCGCUGCUGCCGGUGGCGGUGGGAGCGAUUGUGGGUUCGCCGAUUCACCGCCGGAAGAAGCCACCGCUCAGGUAGAGAGUCCUCAAAAGAGAAGGUGGAAGGAUCUGUGUGUAUGUCAUCCUUGUUCUCCUGUCUGUGUGUCCGCUUCACUCAGAUGGCCGUAGCUGAUGCCGAUUUGAGUGCCGCUGCCUCACCCCAGCCGUCGUAUCGAAUCAAGCAUAGAUCGGGACUACCGCCACCCGACCAGCCGCUGGUCAGAACACAAAACCAACGACCCGCCACCUCUGCACACCGAAUCGUUUCUGUCUGUGUCGAUGUGUGUGUUUGUGUCUAAUCCGCAGGCCCGGCUUCGUCUCUCUGCUGACGAGCUCGCCCGUGUGUUCGGCUUCACUCACCCCUGGGAGCUGACACGUCGCCGCCGCGUCCUCGGCAAGACCAUCUUCACCGGGGCGGCCGCCAACUACACACACCUGACCAUCGACGCGUCGAAGAAAGGCGGCGUGCGCCGUCUGUGGGAGAGGAUGCCCCUCAAGACAGCCUUCAAGUGGGGGCAGCGUGCGAUCCAUCUGACGCAUCUGCACCUCACCAGGCCUCACGUCUUCGCCAGCCGCUGGUGCCGCGGAGUCUGGGUGGCCUUGCUCGAGGGCAACGCAGCGGCCCGCAAGGCCAUUAACGACAAUGAGAAGAAGAAGAGGCGAAAGGGGCAGGCAGAGAAGCGGGAGGAGGGGGGAGAGGAGGGGUCGGCACGGCCGGCACACCAUGUGCCACAGCCCGCUUCGUCCAUCAAGGUCCUCAGCUUCGACUCGCCCGGAGAGGAACAAGAGGAACAACAGGGCGGCAGGGACACGUCGGCGGACCCGCUGCCCGCCUCCCCCUCCCCCGUCGACCUGUCGCAGCUGGAGGAGGUGCACAAGAUGCCUUGGCGGUAUGCGGGCGUCCGCACGGGCAGUCGAGUGUGGCACACGCCGCAUCUGCGUGUGCUGACAUUAUGGCGGGACAAUAUCUAUAUGCCGGAGGUGACACAUAGCUGGACGCAGACCUGCGGCCACCUACAGGAGUUCGACGAGGACAGCUAUCUCUUGAGAGACAAGCAAGACCUGUUGUCCAAGGCCCCCUCUCUGCCCAGCCUCCAGUCCAUCGGCCCCAUCGAUUUGUUCCGAGGUGAGAGCGGGACGGUGGCCGAGCUGCGUGAGACCCUCCCUCGUUAGUCGGGGCUGUCACGAUAGAUCGGGACUCACGAUUGUCUUCUUCCGCUCUGUAUCUAGCCUAGCUCCGGGAUGUGAGCUGCUAUCGUAUGUCUCUGUAAAGCGCUUGGAGGACGUCUCUUUUGAGCGGCCUCCUGCGUCGAGUGCAUUGCCCGACAAUGUGCCGGCGGCGUGGCGUCUGCGCUGCCCGCUCAUUUUGCGGCUGGGGGACUCUUUCGACGAGGUUAGCAAGGCAGAUGUGCGCUCGUAUGUGCAGUUCAUAUCGAUAUGCCGCCCAGUGCAUGUCCACUUUUCUGGAUGGGUAGAUGAGGAUGAGUUGGAGGGGGAGGAUCAGAUAGAUGCGCUCAGGGACCUCAGGUCACUGGCGUGGGAGUGCUUUGAAGACCUCAAGGCACUCUACACCAUGGCCGGUGGGUCGUGUGAGCUGAAUUUGAUGGGAGAGUACUGGCUGAGGGCCGACCUGGUGGCCAAAUGGGCAGACGGGCACACAAGGUAUAAGGUAUAGCGGUUCUUUCACGGUUUGACUUCCUGCAUGAACGAACCGUUGUGCGUGGAUGAAUGUACAGCUGAGCCAUAUAUAUGAUCCAUGAUUGAACGAAUCAAC